AUAAAAGAAGAUGGUGGCUAAUGGCGAUGCACCUGCAAGAGGGAGUGCAGCUGCAGCUGCAAGCUUGCGCAGACGUAGAACCACCAGUGGUGCUGCCGCUGCUGGAGGUGGUGGCGGCGCCAGUACAAUGCUUCAGUUCUACACUGAUGAGGCUGCUGGGCGCAAGAUGUCCCCAAAUGCUGUUCUGAUCAUGAGCAUAGGGUUUAUUGCCGUCGUUGCCGUACUCCAUGUUUUCGGCAAGCUGUACCGCACCCCUAAUUAGGUUCCAUAUAUACAACCUGAGUUUAUGUGUCUAUGAAUAGCGAAGUCGUAGACUUUGCAUAGGAAAUGACUGUCGGGUCCUGAAAAGAUUUACCUUAUAAUACUGAGAUGAUAUUGUCGAAUCUUUUGCAA